AUGGCUGGUGACGAUGCUGACGUUACUGGAAAUGAUAAGGGAAAAGGAAUGGCUAUUGCAGCACCUGUGUUGAUUCCUCCUUCCUCCACUCAUGGGGAGAAACCCGAGAAAUUUAGUGGGACAAACUUCAAAUGCUGGCAGCAAAAGAUGUUGUUCUACCUCACUACUCUGAACUUGGCCAAAUUUCUGAAAGAAAGUGCUCCUGCAUCAGGAAGCACUGUGGAAGAGGCUGCUGCUGUAGAUGCAUGGCAUCAUGCAGAUUUUCUAUGCAAGAAUUACAUUCUUAAUGGAUUGGACAUUGUACUUUACAAAGUGUACAGUCCAAUAAAGAAUGCUAAAAGCUUGUGGGAGUCUUUAGAAAAGAAAUACAAGACCGAAGAUGCUGGAGCAAAGAAAUAUAUAAUCGGUUGUUUUCUUGACUACAAGAUGGUAGAUACUAAAACUGUACUCAGUCAAGUUGAGGAGUUUCAAUUGAUCCUACAUGAGAUGGCUGCAGAAAAUCUGUCAAUUAAUGAAACUUUGCAAGUGGGAUGUAUUAUUGAGAAACUUCCUCCAUCUUGGAAGGAUUUCAAGAAUUACCUCAAGCAUAAGCGCAAGGAGAUGGAUCUUGAGGGUCUAAUUGUGAGGCUACGGGUUGAGGAAGGCAAUCGCAUAUCUGACAAGAGAAGUGAUGCUAGUUCUAUGAUGGCCAAGGUACUUGUCAUGGAAGAUGAACUACAAAACAAAAAUAAGAAGAGAAAGUUCUCUGGGAAAAAUUAUAAGCCAGGAAACUCAAAGAAGUUCAAAGGCAAGUGUUUCAAUUGUAAUAAGACAGGCCAUCGUGCUAUGGAAUGUCAUAGCAAGAAAAACAAAGGCUACAAGAAAGCCACUGAAGCAAACAUGACUGAGGAAGAUAAAUUGUCUGUUGAUUUUGCUGAUAUGAAUCUUUCAGCCAUGGUGACUGAAGUCAAUAUGAUAACAAGCGCCGAAGAAUGGUGGAUAGACACAGGGGCUACUUGCCAUAUAUGUUUUGAUAAGAAGAUGUUCUCUACCUAUGCUGAAGUAAAUCAAGGAGAGCAAUUAUUCAUGGGCAAUGCUUCCACAUCAAUGGUUCAAGGCACUGGUAAUAUUGUUUUAAAGUUGAUAUCUGGGAAAGAAAUUACUUUAAACAAUGUACUUCAUGUGCCUGAUAUUCGAAAGAAUUUAAUCUCUGGUUCGAUGUUGAUCAAAAAUGGAUUUCGUGUGAUCUUUGAAGUUGAUAAAGUCAUACUUACCAAGAACGGGAUAUAUGUAGGAAAAGGUUAUCUCAGUAAUGGCCUUUUCAAGAUAUGCUCCCAAGAAGUCCAAGGAAAGAGUAUCUAA